UGAAAAGCAGUGUUUUACUUUAUAUAUUUAUGUUAAGAUCAUAUGUUAAGUUCUAGUAUAUUCUCAACGACAAUAGCUUUGUUUACAAAGACCAUUUUAUAUAUUUAUAACGUGUUUUUGGAGAAUUUGUUAAAGAUAAAAAUGCAAUCCACAUCUGCUCCUAAAGGUAAACGUAAAAGGGGAAAGAAAUCUAAAUCUCAAACAAAAGAUGCUAUUCAAAAGACUAAAUUAUCCAGAAAUGAGAUAGGAGCUAAUUGGAAAGCUUUUCUUUCAAAGCAAAGCUUAACUAAAGAUUCACAGAAAGAUGAUUCUCAAAAAACAGAAAAAUAUUCGGGUCCAUUCAGAAGAGCUAGAAAACUAGAAAGUGUUAUACAAAUGAAUCACACAGCAAAUACAACAGAUAGCAGUGAAAAUUCAACCUCUACCAGCCAAGGAUCAACAUCAGACAAAAAAGAGGAUAAAAGAAAUCAACCCUUGAUCACAAAAUAUGUGGCUAUGGAUUGUGAAAUGGUUGGCGUUGGAGAAGAAGGCAAAGAAAAUAUGCUAGCUCGAGUUUCUAUAGUCAAUAAGCAUGGUGAUUGCAUUUAUGAUAAAUUCGUUGCACCUCGUGAAGAAGUAGUUGAUUAUAGAACAAGUGUGAGUGGUGUUAGACCAAGUGACUUAAAGAAUGCCACAGAAUUUGAUACUGUCGCAAAGGAAGUUGCUUCAAUAUUACAGGGAAAAAUUCUUGUUGGUCACGCUUUGCACCAUGAUCUUGACGCUUUACUAAUCAGCCAUCCAAGAAAACGAAUUAGAGAUACAUCAAGAUAUAAGCCAUUCAGAAGUUUGGCUGGCGGAAGGACCCCAGGUUUGAGAAAAUUGGCUAAAUUAAUUUUGGGUGUUGAUAUUCAAAAGGGUGAACACAGUUCUGUAGAAGAUGCUAAAGCUGCAAUGCAAAUUUAUAUAUCUCAUAGUAAACAGUGGGAAGAACAAAUAAGGAGAAAACCUGCAAAGGUGCAAACUUAGUUUUAUGGUUAAUGUUAACAUAAAUUUCAAAUAUUUAUAUAUGUAAAAAUACAUAUUAUAAUAUUAUACAACACUAUUAUUCCUAAUUAUU